AUCUGAGGAUAUCGCCAUAUUAACAGAUUACUAGUUCCAGAUCUCAUCUCUGUGUGAUUCUUGAGGGUGACGGUGUUCGUUCCAGACAUGCUACAUUAGGACUUGUUAGGACCAGAUUUCCGGUCCAUCCACUACAGGAAUGUUCACACCAGACAACUGGACCAGGCCUGAAGACCUUCCGUCUGUAGUCACUGUUUAAUGUUGGAGAUUCUACAGACAAGAAACUUCACAGAAUCUUUACAAAAAUCUGCCAACACUCCACAAGAGUCUUCCAGACAUCAUGUCCCUCCUUUAUAUUUCCAUCUUAUGGGUCUGUGCCUGUGUGGACAGUGCAGAAUCUCUGGUUACUGUAUCAGCUCCAGUGGCUUCCACAGUCAUCCUGCCGUGUAAACUGACUGAAGACUUCAAACUAACAUCAUUUAUUAAGUGGCAGCUCAAUAAAGACACUGUGUUUGAGAGAAACAGUGAUGUUACAUAUUCAGGUUCAGGAUAUGAAGGACGUGUGGAUGUUCCUGAGGACGAGCUGCGUAAAGGAAACUGUUCCCUGGUGUUGAAGAACGUCAGAGUUACUGAUGACAAAACCUUUACAAUGGUACAUGUGGACACUAACACUAAGGAAGCAAAAGAAAUUAACAGAGUUAAUCUCUCAGUCGAUGCUCUUCAGAUAUCAGCUCCAGUGGGUUCCACAGCUGUCCUGCCGUGUGAUUGGAGUCAUCUGUCCAUCAAAACUCCUUACGUUAAGUGGUUUAUCAAUACUGAGACUGUGUUUGAGCGAAAGGGUAAAGAUCCAUAUCAGGGUGAAGGAUAUGAGGGUUGUGUGGACGUUCCUGAGGAUGAGCUGCUUAAAGGAAACUGUUCCCUGGUGAUGAAGAACAUCAGUGUUAAUGAUACAGGAAUCUACAGCAGCUCCAUGUUAAUUACAGACACACAGGAAUCUGUCUUGGUCCAGAAGGUUAAACUGUCAGUUGUUGAGGUCAGUGUUAAUGAGAGAGGAUCUUUAUCAGAGGAUUCAGACUCACACCAGACUGGAGGGAACAACUGGAUUAUUAUAUGUGUUGUGAUCGUAAUCAUCAUCAUCAUCAUCUGUGUGUCUGUGUACUACAGCAGGGUGAAAGUAUCUUCAUGUCUCAGACGUGCCACCAACUCCAGUGAACAGGAUGGAAACAGACAUCAUCACAGUGUUCAGUACAACACAACGUCCGACAGUGUGACGUACACAACAGUCAACACACAACCACAGAGUUAAUGACCAACACAAGAUGGUCUGCUCUGAUCUCAUCAUGGAUUUCAGAUCAUCUUAAACUUCAUCCCUGCACCACUGAGCUGAUGUUCAUCUCUGGAGCUUCAUCACCAUGACAGGAUCUUCUGAUUUACUGCAGAACUCUCAGAUCACACAUCAUGGACCAUCAGUUACUCUUCUAUCUCACCUGAUGUGGUCUUGGU